UCCUGUAUUUCCUCCGCCGCCACCGUGUCAGAAUACCGGGCUGGCCGCUCAGCUCUUCUCUGCAGGAGGACCUUACCUGUUCCUCGGUCCAGCGCUGUACAGUCUUCACAUGCCAGCAUCUUUAGUGUCCACAGUCUCUUGGUCCUCCCCUGUACUGUCUGCAAUCUUUUGGUCAUCUGUACUGUCUACAGUCUCUGGACAUCCAUUGUACUGUCUGCAGUCUCUGGUCAUCUCAUGUACUGUCCGCAGUCUCUAGUCAUCUCCCGUACUGUCUGUGAGUUUCUUGGUCAUCUCCUGUACUGUCUGCAGUCUCUGGUCAUCCCCUGUACUGUCUGCAGUCUCUGGUCAUCCCCUGUACUGUCUGCAGUCUCUGGUCAUCCCCUGUACUGUCUGCAGUCUCUGGUCAUCUGUACUGUGUCCGCAGUCUCUGGUCAUCCUUACUGUGUCCGCAGUCUCUGGUCAUCUCCUGUACUAUAUCCGUAGUCUCUGGUCAUCUACUGUACUAUGUCUGCAGUCUCUGGUCAUCUCCUGUACUGUGUCCGCAGUCUCUGGUCAUCUGCUGUAGUGUCUCCGCAGUCUCUGGUCAUCUCCUGUACUGUGUCCGCAGUCUCUGGUCAUCUCCUG